UCCAUUGUACAGGCCAACUGCUCCCGCACCCCUCACGAUCAGACCCAUCUAUAUUAACGAUCCAUCUACCUCUUUGGCUCUCAACGUGUCGGACCACAUUCUCUUCCAACUUUAACACCCUUUCUCUUCUCUAUAUAGAGGUUAGCUGUCCACAGUUUUCACCCAAUUCGGUCAACGGGACUGGAUGCUACAGAUGCUUGAAUUCUGAUGGCGGAAUUGGUCAGUACCGCAAUUGUCCAGGAGACAGUUAGUCAAAUUCUAUCUGGUAUUGUUCAAAAAUAUGAGGAGAAAGAGGAAUCAAAUGUGAACAGAAACAUGGAGAGGCUAGAGAUGGCUCACAUCAGGCUGGAGGCUGCUCUUGAGACAUCUGAAAAGUGGCAGAUCACUGAUGCAUCCUUAUUGCGUUGGCGUAGGAAGCUGAAGCGUGCUGCUCAAGAGUGCGAUGACACGCUGCACAAAUGCAAGCAGAGAAUCCUAGAAGAUGAACAAAUGGAACGGGAGGUAAAGAACUCCUCCCUUCCUAACCGUAUUGUGCAUGUUACAAAGUCAUUUGUUUUCUCUGUUUUGAACUGGAGCAACAAUAAGUUGAGCAGGUCCAUAGCUCAAAGAUAUGAAUGGUAUGCAGAUGGUGCUAGUGAGUUUCUGAGAUUCAUAGAGCUUGGUGGCACACCACGUCAUCACAUGCCCUUUAACUCCCUUGUCCAGAAUCUUUUUGCAGGCAAGGAGCUACAUCAUAAAAUUGUCCGGGGAGAUAAGUAUCCUUUGUGUCAAUUGUGGUUGGGACCUACCCGUGCUUCAGAGCAUGGAACAAAUGCUUUCCUGAUAUUUAUCCAGUAUGAUGGUACAAGAGACAUUAAUAUCCACGUCAGUCUGACCGUACAGCUCUCGGAGAGUACAGACAUAGUUGGGAUCGCAGUUAAGUGCUUGCAGUUUUUUGCCCCUCAUUUCAACUGUACAUUUGAAAGUAUCAGAAAUGAAAUUACUCAACUGCUUACUCAAGAUUACUCAUGGGCGCCAUCUAUUCAUUCGUACCAUAGAGAACAUUGGGACAAACUCGUCAGCCUCGCGUCUCAAUGGACUCGCCCAAACCCAUUUUGUUGCAAACAGCAUGGUCAGCAUGAUGUUCGACGUUUUAGUAACCAAGACAUGUCAGGAUUAUCAGAUGUUUUGCUAGAACCAGUAAUUGAAUUUAGUUUGCAUUGUGAACGACUAUCAUUCUCUAUUUGUAGCAAGCAGAAGGCCUCACUGUCCAAAGAUAUAAUUUCUCUGGAAGAUUAUCCAUAUCUGAAAGCCGGGAUCACCUUUGCGCCCCAUGGCUCUUCAGAGGACAUCCUGCCAGCAAAUAGGAGUUCUGAAAUAGCAGCAACAGUUCGCAAGGAGCAAGAUUGCUUGCAUACAGAUGUUGCCUUGGAACAGCUGGAAGAGAUUAUACUACCAAAGGCAAUAGAUUAUUUCCGCCAGAAUGCCAAAGCGAUGGUUUACCAAAUAAUUUGGAAGUCUAAACAUGGCUUUGCACUCAUUUAUGUUGAGAAGCCAUGCAUUAGCCCAAGGAGAUCAAGCAUGAGAACACGGAGCACUUUUGGGGGAGCUGGGAAGAAAAAGCUAUUGCAUGGACAGGAUGAAGAGGUUAGGAAUUGGAAAUGUGUGUCUCACUGGAUUGACUUAUUGGUUUCACUUGGAAUGCCUGUCCGGCUGCAAAGGUUGCUCGUGAACUGGUGGCGGAAAGAAAAGGAAUUUCAGUUGACAGGCACCGCAGCUACACCUAUAAAAUUAUAAAUCAUGUAACUUUGAUGGAUAAGGGAAACAAGGGAGGAAUAAAGUGCUCGAAAUAGGAUGCUAAAGGGGGAAAAAAUCAAAUAUUAGAGUUAAUAUUAACAAUCCAGGACAAAAUCUGUUAGAAACAUAGAUAUCCUCAGAGCUAGAAUUUGGGUCGAACGCUCCAAAUACAGGGACAAGAGGAGGCAAGCUAUAUCAUGAAGGUGUUAAAGUAACAUCCCAAUACUUAAAAAUUAGUGAAGUAUAUGGUCUGCUUUUUUCUUCAACACGCUAGAGAGAUGUAUGCCAUUUCAAUUUGUGUCUUGCAUGUACGAUGUUUGUUUGGUUCUCACCACUGAGUAUACACUGGGAAUUACUCGAUUACAUUGGAAAUCAGAAUGCAGUGUGCAUUUGUAAGCCUAGACUUACAAGUGUAGGAUCAUGACUUGUUCUUAUUUUCUAUUUAAAUUUCGAGUGUGUAGGUACUUUAGUACCACGGGUUAUUAUUCUCUGUAUCUGACUAUAUUGGAAACUUUCAUAAAGAAAGCCGAAGUUACUGAA